CACAAUCUUAUAUUACUUUUUUCUCGAUGAUAAACUUGGAGCAAGAAGCCAAAAGAAAGCAGAUUCGUGAUGGCAAAAGAAAAAUUGAUCAUCACGUAAAUACAACGUUACUCGUGAAGAUUUUUGAAGCAUUCGCAAUCGAUGACAGAGAUCUCUUGAAACCUUACUAUGGCAGUAACUACUAUUUUAUCAAGGCAUGGUUAGACGAUACCAAACAAUACGGAACAUAUGUGGUAAAAGGUUUCAAAGACUACUCUUUUGCGGUUAAUCAAGAAAUGAAGAUUCCUUUAGAUUUUCCUGCACAGUAUCUUUACAUAGAAUUGCUUAAAGGAUUCUCGUAUAGAGAUCCUGGAACAUCCAACGGAACUGUUGUGAUGGGUCGUGCAAAGAUUCGAUUGCCUCCUCUUACCAGCUAUAAGGUGGUCUCCGGUGACAUCGAUCUCGUCGGUUUGAAUAGUGAUCAAUGUGUCGUGAAAAAGGGAAACCUAAAAUAUGCUAUGAAAAUUCAUAGGUAUGUCGCAUUGGAUGAUUAGGGUUUUUUCUUAUGUUUUUUCGGGGAUUAUUAUAAGAAUUAUUGGCCUUAAUAUUAAAAGUUUUCUAUAACUUGUGGUUGAUUUGAUAUGAGUUAUCCUUCUAAUUCUAUCACAUCUAUGCUUUAUAUAUCUAUGUAUAACUUCUUUUUGGUCAGAUCUAUUCGUUAUAUACCUAUAUAUAUGGUCUUGUUCUUUUCAUUGUCGCUAGCGA